AUGACUGGACCUGAAAACGGCUCAAUGCCACCAGAGACACCCCCUGAGCCAUUCUUCCAGAGGCCGAACAAGCGUUCCCGGGUUGUGGUUGCUUGUUUGAGGUGUAAAACAAGACGUCAAAAGUGCGACAACAAAUUACCGGCAUGCUCCAAUUGCGCCAGGGCGAAGCUGAACUGUGUCUUCCCAGAGAAUGAGUAUCCGACAUCUUAUGUCAAAGCACUACAAACCCGGGUUGCGUGGCUGGAAGCACAGCUGGACUCGUCACAGACGACUCGACCAGGAGGCCAUCUCUCCAUUGGCGACAGCAACGAUGCUGCAGCAACAAGCUCAGAAGGGCGAAUGGCUUCCCCGCCUAGCACUCCAAAUCUGGCGAGCAGUGUUGGCUUAUUGUCUCUACAAGCGGCAGCCGAACCUCAAUACUUUGGAGUGUCAUCUGGGGUGUCCCUAGCCUUGAUGAUUGAGUCGGCCGUCUACGAGAAAGCACGCCCUCUUUCCAGCUUGAGUUUACCUGCAGAGACGGUUGAAAGUCCAUUCGCGAGCAGUAGCCGGGGUGCUAUUCCAACCGCCACAGCUCCCUUGCUGCCGGUAGAGAAGGCAACGUCUUUCCUGGCUGCUUAUCUAUCCUAUAUUCACCCUAAUUUCCCAUUUCUCUCCAAGCGUCAACUAUGGAAGGCCCACCACAGUCGGCACGAGAUGGAGAAUUCUAACUCCAAUGAAGCACGACAUGAUCAUGUGGUGUUGCUGCUGGUGUGUGCGAUAGGUGCUCGCUGUUUGAAACUCGUGGGAUCAGACCAGGUCGCCGAAUCUGAGCCAGAAAGCCUUUAUCAUUCAGCCAUGGCGAAGCUUCAAGAUCAACUCAACGUGCCAAGCGUUCAGAACAUCCAAGUUAUCCUCCUGGUGGCCAUCUACGCAUUACGUUCCCCAUCAGGCUCUAGCAUAUGGCACCUGUGUGGUUUGAUGAUCAGGCAAUGUAUCGAACUAGGACUUCACCGGCAGCUACGAAAAGACGACAACACAGCACAUUCAGACGAAUUUAAAAGGCGGCUAUUUUGGAGUAUCUAUCACCUGGAGCGGAGAAUCGUUCUCGUUCUGGGAAGGCCGUUGACGAUAGCCGAUGAUGAGAUCGACAACCCACUGCCGAGCGAGAUUGAAGACGACCAUUUCCAGGACGCCGCAGAGCUUCCAGGGAUCAGUCGUGAUCACUCAGCCUUGGACCCAAAUAGCCAGCCACGAAGAUGUUCUGCAGGUGCGAGGACCGACAUCCUGUUCCACGUGCAUAAUAUCCGGCUCGAUCAAAUCAACGCGAAAACCCGUCUCGCAUUCUCCCGUCUCGCGAAGUCGGGUCGUGGGAUCAAGGUCGAGCAAAAAAUUGCCAAACGAUUUCAAGAACUUGAGGAUUGGAAAACCGCCAUGUUUGGACACUCUGUCGGAGGGGAUGCCUCAGCGGACUUGAUGUCGUCCACUUUCAGAACUCCUGUUCAAACCCCGGUGUCGCGGCCUGCCCUGCCAGAAGCACAACGUCUUGCGUUGCUGCUCAACUAUCAUCGAGCUCGCCGCGUGUUCCUCCAGACCAUCCUCACUGAAAUCCAGCUGCUCAAUCGGCCAUUUCCGUAUGCUUCCUUUGCCAAAUCAUCGGGCGAAGUCUGCCAGCUGAAUCGGCGACUUCACCGUAUACGAUCUGUGCCCUUCACGCUGCUCGAUCUGCACUCGGUCUUUGUCGCUGGGUUCUCCAUGAUCUACUGCGCGUGGUCUGAUCCCAGUCUCUACGACGCUGAAAUGGCGGCUGACUUGGGUGCUUGCUCAACUGUCCUGUAUUUGAUUGCCGAACAGUGGGGCGAAGGGGCGAAGAAGUACCGGGACGCCUUCGAGCUCAUUGCGGGCAAGACGGCAGAGUACGUCCUCAGCCCAAGGCGGCCACAGACGAGCAGCCAUCAGCAAUCGGUCCCCGUUAGUGUCCACCCACUGGCGCGCGAAUCAGUUGCCCCCAGCGACACGGCCCUGAGCGGUACGAUGCCACCACAUCCGACUUCUCAUGAUAUAGAUCGAUCCGGUAGUGAUGGCUGGACCAAAGAUAGCUUCGACGUCUGGCAGAUGAUGACCGAGUUCGUGCAAACGCAGGACAGCGACUACGAGUGCGACCCUGUCAACUUUAGAGAGAUCGAGGCUUUUCUGACGGAAGAGGGUUUGGGAUGGUUCAACGGGGGCACGGGCACGAGCUUCUGA